GAGCCUUAGCUCUAACUGCUCCGCGGUGCCGGCUCUGAUCCUCCGACCGGCUCCAAUCCCGGGGCUCCCGAGGGCUCCCCGCAGGGGCGGAGCCAGCGAGGCCCUCCCCCUGGGCGCGCUUCCGCUCCUCUGGUCCCCGCGGUCUGGCCCAGACCCUCAGGGACUUUUGGGGGGAGGAGGGGUUUCUCGAGACCUGAACGGCCCCAUCCGGAGGGGAAGGGGCUGUGGCGGGGAGAACGGCCUCCUGGAGUCAUAGGAGCUCGGGAAAAUGGAAGAACUGAGUCAAGCUCUGGCUAGUAGCUUUUCUGUGUCUCAAGAUCUGAAUAGCACAGCUGCCCCUCACCCCCGCCUGUCCCAGUACAAGUCCAAGUACAGUUCCUUGGAGCAGAGUGAGCGGCGUCAGCAGUUAUUGGAACGGCAGAAAUUCAAGCGGCUGGAUUAUGUGAAUCAUGCCAGAAGACUGGCUGAAGAUGACUGGACAGGGAUGGAGAGUGAGGAAGAAGAUAAGAAAUGUGAUGAAGAAAUGGACAUUGACACUGGCAAGAAGUUACCAAAACGCUAUGCUAAUCAAUUGAUGCUUUCUGAGUGGUUAAUUGACGUCCCUUCAGAUUUGGGGCAGGAAUGGAUUGUGGUUGUGUGCCCUGUUGGAAAAAGAGCGCUUAUCGUGGCCUCUCGGGGUUCUACCAGUGCCUACACCAAGAGUGGUUACUGUGUCAACAAGUUUUCUUCACUUCUGCCAGGAGGCAACAAGCGAAACUCAACAACAGCAAAAGACUAUACCAUUCUGGACUGCAUUUACAGUGAGGCAAAGCAGACCUACUACAUUCUGGAUGUGAUGUGCUGGCGGGGCCACCCUUUUUAUGACUGCCAGACUGAUUUCCGAUUCUACUGGAUGCAUUCAAAGUUACCAGAAGAAGAAGGACUGGGAGAGAACACCAAGCUCAAUCCUUUUAAAUUUGUGGGGCUAAAGAAUUUUCCUUGUACUCCUGAGAGCCUGUGUAAGGUGCUGUCUAUGGAUUUCCCUUUUGAGGUGGAUGGACUUCUCUUCUACCACAAGCAGACGCACUAUAGCCCUGGAAGCACUCCUCUAGUGGGCUGGCUACGCCCGUACAUGGUGUCAGAUAUUCUUGGUGUGGCGGUGCCAGCUGGGGGCCCACUGACUACCAAGCCAGAGUAUGCUGGGCACCAGCUCCAGCAGAUUAUUGAGCACAAGAGGAGCCAGAAGGACGGCAUGAAAGAGAAAUCCACACAUAAGGCCUUUAACAGUGGGCACUAUGAGCUGGAGCACCUGUCUACCCCUGAGCUGAAGAGUGAUCCCCACAGCUUGGACCAGCUCGGGAGUCGCAUGGAAAACUAAAGAGAGCGCCUCCUUUGGGUGUCACAGGAAGGUGCUUGGUUUCAGAACAAAGGUUGGGGAGGAGGACAGUGACGACAAUAGGUGACUUCAUUUUAGAGUGGACUUUCCAAAGCCACUCCAGCUGGAAACAGCUUAACUCCUGUAAAAAGUGUAUCCCAGAUCCACAAUGUAAAUAUAUGUGAUUCUUAAAAAGGAA